AUAAAACGCGAAUUUUGCAAAAUGUAAAUGUUUACAAUUUCACUUUUUCAGUUUUUUUCUUCGUCGAACGAGAAAAAUGAUUAAAUUUUCAGUUGAAUUGAUCGUUAAUUGUCGACAGAGAGUACUAGUUAAGUAGCUUACGGUCAUGAACGAAAGAUAAUCAAAGCGAACCUUUACGUAAUCGCUCUGAUGAAUUGAGUGGUUCUCAAAAUGCACUACAAGAAUUGGUUACUGUUGUUGAUAUGUUUAAUUCUGCGAUUAUGCUGUUUAAUUUCAAGAGAUUCGUAUUACGUGCCUGACGAAUACUGGCAAUCUUUGGAAGUAGCUCAUAGAUUGAUUUUCGGAUACGGAUAUUUGACUUGGGAAUGGAUCGAGGGUGUUCGAAGUUACGUGUAUGUUGGUUGGAUUGCUUUGUUGUACCAGUUUUUGAAGUUUUACGGAUUGGAUAGUGCUCAAAAUUUGAUUUGGUUACCGGUGAUCAUCCAAGCUGUAUUUUCAGCCAUAGCCGACACCUAUUUCAUAUCAUGGGCGUACAAAAUCUCACACAAACGUCAAGCCUACUGGAGCGUAUGGUGCUACAUGACGAACGUAUUUUUAGCCUACUGCUCUACUCGUACGCUGACCAACACCAUUGAGACCAAUUUGACAUGCAUUGCUUUAUACUACUACCCUUGGCUGAGACGCGAAGUAGGAAACGUGAAAUAUUUAUGGUUUAUUGGUCUGGCGUGCAUUAUUAGACCGACAGCUGCCUUGAUGUGGGCUCCAUUGUGUUUUUAUGCGAUUCGCGAAUCGAGCAGUCCGAUAAAGUUGGUCAUUUUCAAGUAUAUUCCUAUAGGAUUAAUCAUUUUAUCAUUUUCAACUCUGGUAGACAGCUAUUUCUACGGAAAAUGGGUUCUUACCUGGUGGAAUUUCUUCCAAUUGAAUAUCGUUCACAACAUCAGCGCAUUUUAUUCGGUUCAAUCGGUCGGCUGGUAUUUGAUGUUGGGAUUACCAGUGGUGCUGGGCCAUGUGGUGGUACCUUUCUACUUCGCAAUGGGUUUUCUCAUUCAAGAUCGUUCUCCUAACGAUGGAUUUUUCCAUAAAAUGGUCUACUCUGUAACAUGUGCGUUGAUUGCGUACAGUACCAUUCCACAUAAAGAGUUCAGAUUCGUGCUGCCAUUGUGUCCUCUUAUGAUACAGAUUGCAUCUUAUGGUAUACAUCGAUUCACCUGCGAUAUGAAAAAAAUUUACGGAUAUCUCAUAUCAUUGACCAUAUUACUAGUCAAUCUUCAAGUGUUCUAUUAUCUAAGUCAAUACCAUCAAGUGGCCACUGUCAAAGUCAUGGAUUACUUGAGAUCUCCUUCGAAUAAUUUAUUAUUUUUAAUGCCCUGCCAUCAAACACCUUUAUACAGCCAUCUUCAUAUGAACAUCACCACACGAUUUCUACACUGUGAUCCAGAUUUCACCAAUAACCCGAGAUAUACCGAAGAAAGUGUUCAAUUUUACCGCAAUCCGCUGCUAUGGCUCCAGAAAGAAUACCCUGAUGAACAUUCUACCGAGAAUCCAACCCAUAUAGUAUGUUUCGAUGUGUUGGUGCCUGUGAUAAAGAAAUUCCUCGACUCUAGAAGAUAUCAAGAAAUGGUUAAAUUAUACCACGGCACCCUGGUACCUCCUAAAAUAGGCAAUUACUUGAUGGUUUUUCAGCGUACAGAAACAGAUGUCAUCACCUGAAAGUUGAUUAUUGAAGCUGACCGGCCCCAGCUUCGUUUCAGUAUUUAAUUUGUGAAUAAAUAUCAUUCCGAGUUUGUUGUGUAGCUCAGAGUUUUUUGAGGAUGGAAUUAGUUUUAAAAGGUCGUAUGUAGUUUUUUGGAGGAUUUUUUAAAAAUGUGAUUUUGAUUUUUUUAGUCGUAAGAUAUUUUUUUCAAUUUUGUUUAGUUUUUUUUGGUAAGAAAUAUUUAUAGUUUUGAUUCCUUUUACGAUGUUUUAUGUUGUUUAAAAAACCUAAUGCAUUUCAUCACUCUUAAUUAAGUACGUAUUUUGUAGUGUUCUAUUAUUAGUCAACUUUUUUUUUCACGUGUAUUUUAGAAUUAUUUUUUAUAUUUUUUUGCAAUGUGAUAAAACGAUAUCAAUAUAGAAUAUAAAUUUGUA